UGUCGCAAAACUCCAGUCGUUGCUUGCCAUUUCUACACCUUUUCCUGCGGAGACAUAAAACACGAUAGAAUUUAGAUAAUCUCUAUAUCUGGAUCUGAAUCUGAAUAUGUUGAAACUCGGGUGGAGAGGCGUGAAAUUAUGCAGGAAAAUAGCGAGUUCCGCAAUUGCUUCUGCGCAGAUGGUGCGCCGCUACAGCGCAGACCGCAGCUUGUUUGGACUUUUGUUUGACAUUGACGGAGUGCUGGUACGUGGACGGACGCCCAUUCCAGAAGCUAAACAGUGUUUCAGGAACCUGGUGGAUGGGAAUGGAAAGUACAAGGUUCCCGUGGUGUUUGUGACGAAUGCGGGGAAUAGUCUCCGACAAACCAAGGCAGAACAGCUGUCUCACCUCCUGGAGGUCGAGGUGUCUCCAGAUCAGGUAAUGCUGUCUCACAGUCCGCUGCGGGUUUUCACUCAGUUCCAUGACCUGUGUGUGCUGGUGUCUGGACAGGGACCUGUGGUGGAGGUCGCACACAAUGUAGGUUUUAAGAACGUUGUGACCAUUGACAUGCUGCGGGACGCGUACCCUCAACUCGACGUGGUGGAUCAUCAUCGCAGACCCAAAGACACGAUUCCCCCCUCUAAGAAUUUACCACCAAUUGAAGCCGUCAUCCUGUUUGGUGAGCCUGUCAGGUGGGAGACCAACUUGCAACUUAUUGUUGAUGUGCUCUUGUCCAAUGGGAUGCCGGGAAACCCUGUGACAUCACUGCAUUACCCACACAUCCCUGUGCUGGCCUGCAACAUGGAUCUGCUGUGGAUGGCCGAGGCGAAAAACCCUCGAUUUGGGCAUGGUAUGUUCCUGGUGUGCCUGGAGAAUAUCUAUAAGAAGAUAACUGGUUGUAAGCUGAAGUAUGAAGCUCUGAUCGGGAAACCCAGCGUUGUGACUUAUAACUAUGCCGAACUGCUCAUUCGACAGCAGGCCGAGAGCCUCGGCUGGACCCGUCCCGUGGAGAGACUUUACGCCAUCGGUGACAACCCCAUGGCAGACAUUUAUGGUGCAAACCUGUACAACCGCUACCUCAAAGCAAUGCGUCAUACUCAUGCUCAGGUGCAAGCUCAGGGUGGCUCGACCACCCAGGUAACUGGAGACCUGCAGUGUGAAGUGUCCGAUGACGACAAACAUUCUGGACAGGUGAUGGUUGGGGGUUCAUUCGAACACCAACUUCCUGAAGGCUGCAGUUCCAUCCUGGUCUGUACAGGCGUCUAUAACCGCGACCACCAGGACUUGCCCUCUGACCCCGAGCAGACGGUCACAGAGCACCAGAUUUUCCAUGGUCACCGGGACUUUCGAUUUGACCCGAACCUGACCCAGCCUUCCUUCGUAGUCCAGGACGUUCAGGAAGGAGUGGAGUUGGUCUUCCAGCUGGAGGGUUGGCCACUGCAAUAGAUUCAGCAUGUCCCAAAUUGUGCCUUCAAAUAAUGUUUCCGGGUUCAUUUCAUGUUCUGCUCUAUCGACAACAGUUGUGGCAUAAUGUCUAUUAGCACAGAAAAGUAUGUUGACUCGUCCUACAGUUAGACACUUACAAUGGAAGUCUAUGGGGCCAGCGUUUGAGAGGAUUUAAAGGAAUAUUCCGGAUUCAAUACAAGUUAAGCUUAAUCAACACCAUUUGUAGCAUAAUGUUGAUCACCACAUAAAAUAAUUUCGGCUCGUCCUUCAUUUAUUUAAAAAGAAAAGGCACUAAUAAUGGGGCCAAUUAAUAAAUAUAUGUUUUUACAUUGUUUCAAAAGUAAAGCCACAAGAUGUAAACAAUAAACAUGUUACCAUGACUUUUGUGUGAAUAAAUCACUUACUAGUUUACAGGUUUUACCAUCAGUACGUUGUCAUGACAACAAGGUUGUAAAAUUGGAUAUAUCUACACAGAUAAGGUUAGUUAGCAAUUUUAUCACACACAAAUGAUGUUAACAUGCAUAUUGUUUACGUCAUGUGGCUAUAAUUUUGAAAUGGUGUGUAUUUUCAUGUUUAUCAACUGGCCCCAUUCACUUCCAUUCCAUUUGCUGGCCCCAUUCCAUUCACUGGCCCCAUUCCAUUCAACUGGCCCCAUUCCAUUCAACUGGCCCCAUUCACUUCCAUUCCAUUCGCUGGCCCCAUUCCAUUCGCUGGCCACAUUCCAUUCAGCUGGCCCCAUUCCAUU